AUGGGUGGUGUUAAAGCUGUUAGGAUUGCUCUCGAUAAGUACAAGAUGGCUACUGGUCACAAGAUUGUUAUUCUUAAAAAUGACACAACUCGUUUUACUGCAAAAUGCGAAGAAGAUGGUUGUGCUUGGAGGAUUCACUUUGGGCCUGUGAAUGGUGAUACUUCUCGGUUCGUGCUGAAAGAUUCUAACGCUCACAUGUGUACAUUUGGGUGCACUGUACUUGUUGUACUCUUAAAAUACAUGUUCUUGCUUGGGAAAGAAACUGUAUUUGAAGAACAGUAUGGCGAUGAUGAGAAGUCGUAUAGUGAUUUUACUUGGUAUGUCAAAGCAAUUGAAGAAACUAAUCCCGAUAGCUAUGUGAGGUUUGAAGUUGAGGAUGGAACCAAUAGAUUUCAGAGGAUAUUCGUUUGUUACGGUGCUUGCAAGCAUAGGUAUAGGUAUCUCAGGCCCAUGAUUUACUUGGACGAUAUUUUCCUUACUGGUAGAUACAGGGGUACUCUGAUGGCUGCAACAUGUAUCGACGGAAACAAUGAGUUUUACCCAUUUGAUUUUGCUAUUGUUUCUUCUGAAAACAAAGAUAAUUGGUUUUUGUUUCUGAAGAAUCUUCAAAAACUUGUCGAUGGUCGUCCGAUUGUUUUCCUUAGUGAUCGUGGAGAAGGAUUUUUGCAGGACAUUCCAAAAUAUUUUCCUAAUUCACAUCACAGCUAUUGCUUUUACCACAUCAAAUGCAAUCUCCCCAUUGGAUCAGGUGAUGCGAAUUCGAAGCACGUUCUUGAUUUGUUUUACAAAGCUGCGUACUCUUACACACCAGUGAACUUUGAAGAAGCUUUGCGGGGCAUGCAUGCAAUUGGAUGUGGGCAUGUUGCUAACUAUAUCAAGAUUAUUCCAAAGGAGAAAUGA